CCGGCCGUUCGGCUGCCGCGGAGCCGAAGCCUUAUUUUGGGGGAGUUUCCAGCCGCUUUGUUAAUUAUUAUUAUUUUUUAAUUACUUAUUUCCGGCGGCGUAAUUUCGGCUCUCCCGGGCACGUCGUCGCUUGGCGCCAGCUCGGGGCUCCCAUGAAAGCAGAGCGUGAGGAUGGAUUACGGCAGCCGGGAAUACCUGGUCCCCUGCGGGAAGGACAAGUACAUUUCCAAGAAUGAGCUGCUCCUGCACCUCAAGACCUACAACAUCUACUACGAAGGGCAGAAUUUGCAGCUGCGGCACAGGGAGGAGGACGGCGAGUUCAUCGUGGAGGGGCUGCUGAACAUCUCGUGGGGCCUGCGGCGGCCCAUCCGCUUGCAGAUGCAGGACGACAACCAGCGCAUCCGCCCGCCGCCCUCCUCCUCCUCCUGGCACUCGGGCUGCAACCUGGGCGCCCACGGCUCCGUGCUGAAGCCCAGCACUCUGCCGGAUAUCCAGGUCACGGAGGCGGAGGCCACGGCGGGCGCUGGCGAGGGCAGAGCGGCGGCGGAGGAGCUGCCGCAGCUGAUGCGGACGCGGAGCGAUGUGGGCGUGCGGCGACGGGGCAGCGGCCGCACGGCCGGCGAGCAACGCCGCCUCAAGCGCCACCGCUUCUCCAUCAACGGGCACUUCUACAACCACAAGACCUCCGUGUUCACGCCGGCGUACGGCUCCGUCACCAACGUGCGGAUCAACAGCACCAUGACGGCGCCGCAGGUGCUCAAGCUGCUGCUCAACAAGUUCAAGAUCGAGAACUCGGCGGAGGAGUUCGCGCUCUACGUCGUCCACACCAGCGGCGAGAAGCAGAAGCUGCGGGCCACGGACUACCCGCUCAUCGCCCGCGUGCUGCAGGGCCCCUGCGAGCAGGUCGCCAGGGUCUUCCUCAUGGAGAAGGACCAGGUGGAAGAAGUCACCUACGACGUGGCUCAGUACAUCAAGUUCGAGAUGCCCGUCCUCAAAAGCUUCAUCCAGAAGCUGGAGGAGGAGGAAGACCGCGAAGUGAAGAAGCUCAUGCGCAAAUACUCCGUCCUGCGCCUGAUGAUCGAGCAGAGGCUGGAGGAGAUCGCCGAAGGGCCGGCGACGAUGUGAAGCCGCCGGCAGCGGCGUGCCGCCCCGGCUCCCAUCCCUCCCGCACCCCCAGCGACGUCCGAGCCCCUUCGCCGGGGGCUGCCGGGGGGGGGGGGCGGCUGCUGCCAUCGCCGUUCCGCCCCGCCGAGCGCCGGCGUCUCCGUGCAGAUGCGCGGGAAAGCCGAGGGAGCGGGAUGCCGGGGCGGGAACGGGCGUUUAACCCCUGCGGCGGCACCGUCCCGCACCCGUGUUUCGUUCCCCGUUCCCGGUCGGAGCAUCCUUGGCCGCAUCCUGCUCGGCGACUGCUUUUUUCCUGCUCCUUCCCGCUUCUCGCAGCGAUUCCCACGGGCGGCAACAAAUCCCGGGGGGAGACGCUGCCCGGCCGCCGCGCAGGGGGGGCCGAAUAGCACAAAUACCUCCCUCCGGUCUCUUUUUUCUUUAAAAAAAGCACAUUCCUAUUGCAAUAAUUCGCAGGUGCCGGGAGGCUUUUUGCAGCCGUGCAGCUCGGAAAUGAUCCCGAACGCCUGGGCGAGGGGCCGCUGCCGGCUGCGGGACUCGGCGCCCUCCCGCUUGCCUCAACCCUGCCUCCCCCCGUCUCGUUUGCACUAAUUUCACCGUGGAUUUAACGACGUGAAACCUCUCCGGCGGACCUAACAUGCCAAAUAGCAGGCGCAGGACCGGUGCACGGCGACGGGCUGCUCCCGAGGGCCGACGCGGGGAAACCGCAGCGGUGCCGGAGCGGGAUUGCGGGGGGCACCGGGCCCGAUCCUGAUGCGACAGCACAGACCCGUCCGGGACCCUUUAUAUCCCCGUUUUUGGACUCCGAGUGUAAUUUUGGGCAUCGUCGAAAGGGCUUUUUCCCCCACGCACGGGGAAAGCGGGCAGAGGGGGUUUUUUGCCCUCCUCGGGGCUGACACCGUCUCGUCCGCCGAGGCCACCCAAACCGCGGUGCCCCUCUCCCGCUCUUCAGGUAAUUUGGGGGUUUUGCGACGUAUCCUGAUACCUUUUGUAACGGUACCUUUUACACGGACCUUUUCCACGCCCCGCCGCCGCGUUACCGGGCAGCGUUGUACAGCGACGGACGCUCCCUACGGAUUUAGACGCCGGUUUCGGCGUCGCUUCCUCUAUGACCGAGAAAUGGGAGCGCACGCGGCCGAGCCCGUUUUGUUGGGAAUAAAGCACUUUGCGGAUCGAAAUGCUACUGAGAAA